AUGCCCCCACAAAAAAAGCAAUCCGCUCAGAAGAAGAGGAAGAUAUCGCCUCCUUCCCUUCCUUCGAAUUCCGUUUCACCGGCCAAAAAACGUCGCCAACACCUGGAUGAACUGACCGAGCGCGAGAUCGGCACCAACAAAGGUCUAAAAGAGUACAUCGAGAGCGGCAUGCCUAAAAACGAGAAGAUCACUUUCUUCGCUCGUUUCCUGUGGAAGUCGCACCAUAUCUACCACGACGUCUACGACGCCGACAAAGCAAGCGUCGAUCACGACCUUGCCACCGUCAGCAUCUGGGGCGAUUGGGACGGAACUACCAACUGCCCCGAGCCAGGAGACAUCGUGAAGUUCAUUCGCUUUUCCGGACUCCAAAUGUAUCAGGGAGAUUGCCUGCAAUUCUCCACCAAGCCGGAAGACAUGGAGUUCUAA